AUGACGGACACGGGUGUUGUCGUGGACCAACCGCCCCUGGCAAUUGCGCAAGCCCCUUCCUUCUGCAGACUCUGCAACGUGGAAUUAAGUGGCCUGCAAGCGUGGCGAGCCCAUGUCAAAAGCGAUGGGCAUGUCUACAAGCUUCAGUUGAAGGUAGCGGAGCCCGGAAGUGUCACAUAUCCUCCCUCAGCAGACGCCGAUCAAACAAAAAGCGCAGCACUGUCAUGCGCUCGAAAGAGAGGUGAACCCGAUAUUGAUAUUGGCGCCGACCAAGACCAAGACGUCGACAGCGACACCGAAGACGAACCAUCAGCACCGGACUUUGUUCCUGGCAAAUGCCUCUUCUGCGCGCAAGAGUCUGGCAUACUGGACGACAAUCUGACACACAUGGCCGUGGCGCACGGCUUCAGCGUGUCAUUCCAAGAUUGCCUGGCCGUCGACCUCGAGACGGUCGUGGCGUACCUACACUUUGUCAUCCACGGCUAUCGAGAAUGCAUAUGCUGCGGCACGCGGCGGAGCACAGUCGAGGGCGCCCAGCAUCACAUGGUGGCCAAGGGGCAUUGCCGGUUCGGCGUAUCCCCGGACACCGAGGAAUUCUACGAGAUGCCACAAUCUGAAAAUGUCGCGUUUCAGCAGACGCAACGUGACGGCAGCAUACCGAACCUCGAGCCGCUCGCCGAGCAACACCAGACCGAGAUCAAGACUCGUUCGCCUUACGCUCAAAGACCUCCUCGACUCCUGGUCUCGAGGUCGCCCGACGGCGGGGAGGGAACGGAAGCGGCGAAAUCGUGCGCAGCAGUGAGGCCAUACUUGCCGCGCAGCUGUCCAAGCUGA